AUGAGCCAAACCAGCCGACAGUUAUCUUGCAGCUCCGUUUGGCCCGGGGUUAAGAAAAUAAAGGCAGGCGACGCAGUGAACGCUCUCAGCAUGGCGCACAAAAAUGAAGAAAGUCCCGUCGGUUUCACCAAAAGCUGUGCAGGAGGCGGCAGGUUUGAAGAAGCCGAUACUAAUGCCAGGAGCCGCGGCUCUGGGUGCGUUAACCCACCAGCCCGUAACAUGGAGGCGCGCUCCUGUCAGACAGCUGUUGCAUCUCAAGAGGAGUUGUUAAACGCUGACAGCCGCUCCUUUUCUGCGUGCGCCACAAUCUCAGAGACAGCCAGAGAGCUGUGCAGAGCAGUGUCCGUGUCUUUGGGUCUCACCAUGGAGUCCAGUGACAUGAGCGACGUGGACGCCGCACUCCCCCCAUGUGCAACAAAUGACCAAAUCAGCGGAGAGUAUUUCUUCGGGGUGGACGCCGCGGCUCUGAGCUGCCCCGAAGCCCAGACCCAGCUCGCUUACAGGUGUCCGAACCGGGAUGAGCGAGCGGCGCACGGCCAGAAGCCACCCGUAAAGAUGUUUAAAAGUUCAGAGACGCCUGCGCAUUUUCAUCACCUCACCUCCAGCCGGACGUCUGUGAACGCGCAAAACUUCACACCGUGCGAGGCUGACGACACGGAGCACCUAAGCGCAGCCCGCGCCGUUUCCUGCCCUUACGCCCCAGACCACUUAGCGCAGUUUAGCCACACAGCGGCGGCCAACGAGAGGCCGUGCAGGGCGGCAUACGACCCCCAGGAAGGAGCGCGGGACUUCGGGGAUGUCCCAGAGAGCGACUCCGGCGGAUAUCAGCCGGAGCAGUACAGCGUCAAAAUCAAGUCCGAGGGAAGCGAAGGCUGGGGCUCGCUCUGGGGCGGCGGAUACAGCUUCAACAAGAGGCACAACACGCAGUUCUGGGGCUCCAGGCAGUGCAUGAACGCACACGAGCCUGGAGCGAACGCGGUGUUCACAUGUAAUCCAUACGAGGGGAGCGUGGUGCGUCCGGAGCAGUGGUACCCCGGUGGGAUGCUGAGGACCCCUUAUCCCAACUCCGGGGACAUGAAGAGUCAAGUCGGUGAAUGGUUGGAUGUUGUCUACAACGACACAAGGUUUGAGGCUGGCCGAGAGCACAUGUUCCCCAUGGAGUUCUUCUUCCCUCCCCAGAGAACGUGUCUGAUUUGCUCAGACGAGGCAUCUGGCUGCCAUUACGGCGCGCUCACAUGUGGCAGCUGCAAGGUUUUCUUUAAAAGAGCCGCAGAAGGUAAGCAGAAGUACCUGUGUGCAAGCAAAAACGACUGCACCAUUGACAAGCUACGGAGAAAGAACUGUCCCUCCUGUCGGCUGAAGAAGUGCUUUGAAGCCGGGAUGACUCUUGGAGCACGCAAACUGAAGAAGAUUGGACAACAGAAGAACCCAGAGGAAGAUCAUCCUGCGCAGGAAGCAGCAGAAGUACCCCACAACAUGUCUCCUAAAUCAGGUCCAAACCUGAACUCCCAGAUGGUCUUCCUCAACAUCCUUGAGUCCAUUGAGCCUGAGGUGGUGAAUGCCGGACAUGACUGUGGCCAACCAGACUCCGCUGCCGGCUUGCUCACCAGCCUGAAUGAACUGGGAGAGAGACAACUGGUCAAAGUGGUCAAAUGGGCUAAGGGAUUGCCAGGGUUCAGAAAUCUCCAUGUGGACGACCAGAUGACUGUAAUCCAGCAGUCUUGGAUGGGAGUGAUGGUGUUUGCCCUGGUGUGGAGGUCUUACAAGAACGUCAACGGCAGGAUGCUUUACUUUGCUCCGGACCUCAUCUUUAACGAACAUCGGAUGCAGAUCUCCACCAUGUAUGAGCACUGCAUGCGGAUGAGACAUCUGUCGCAGGAGUUUGUGCUGCUGCAGAUCACGCAGGAGGAGUUCCUCUGUAUGAAGGCCUUGCUGCUCUUCAGUAUCAUACCAGUGGAAGGCUUGAAAAGUCAGAAAUACUUUGAUGAAUUGCGCCUCACCUACAUCAAUGAACUGGAUCGCCUCAUCAAUUACCAGAUGACCACAAAUUGUCCUCAGCGAUUCUACCAGCUGACACGACUCCUGGAUUCGCUCCAGAUGACCGUAAAGAAGCUCCAUCAGUUUACCUUUGACCUAUUCGUCCAGGCUCAGUCGCUUCACACGAAGGUCAGCUUCCCUGAGAUGAUCGGGGAGAUCAUCUCGGUGCACGUUCCAAAGAUCCUCGCAGGUUUGGCCAAACCUAUCUUGUUCCACAAGUAGAAGGAUUUUUUUUUUUGUCGUUGUUGUCGGGGUUUUGUUCAUCAAAAAAUAUGUAGUGCUGCCUUCAUGAACUUUAACAAAGGCUGUGAACUGUUCCCCCACAUCUUUUGGUCUGAUUGCUUUCAGGCGUGUCCUGUUAACACUGUUUUAUUGCUCAAGUUUCUUUUUUUUUUUUUUUUUUUUCCACGUUUUAUAUAAAAUUAAGAUUUUUGUUUAUUCAGAACUGGUCAGGCUUUUAUCUUAAGAGCUGCAAGUCCUCAUCUGCUGACAGAUGAAAGCUUGUUCUCCACAGAUGGCGAAAAGAUGCUGUUUCAGAUGCUUGGCUUUAAAUUAAGACUAGUCACAAUGUUAAACAAACACACAACAACACAGAGAUUUACUUGCGACCACAAUUAGAUAUCUAUCCUAUAGCUUUAAAAAGCAGACGGUUUAUGAAUCAUAAAAAAGGAUAAUCCCAGAUAAAGAUGUGUAAACAAAAUAUUGUGUUGCAGCAGCAUGGUGCCACACUUUUUUAUUUUUCUUCAAUCCAACCUUUAAUUUAAGUAAAUUUACACAGUGGGGAAUGAAAUGCCACACUUUUUGACCCCACAGCUGUUUAUACCUUUACACAACCCUCUUUUGCUUGUAGAAGAGUCUAGUUGGGUGUUUAUUUGGACAAAUAAUUUGCGUCACUAUCUCGCUGAGAGAGUCAGUCAUGGCCUGUUUUAAUUUUCUGCUGACAGAACCCACCCGAUUUUAAUUUAAAUUGGUCAGAUAUUUAGGGGGAAAAAAGUUUUGAUUCCCAUGGCCUUUGAAAGAGAAACAGGCCUACAGCGCCACCGAUUCUCCACCAGCAUCACGUGCUUUUCCACAUGUUCGUCCUUUAUUUCACACCCACCCUCAUCUUAAGUGUUUUUUAUUUUGUUUGUUUUUUUUGCCCAUCUUAGUCCACUUAAAGUUAGACAGAUUCUAAU